CCUAUUACCUAAUCAAAACAGUUACAAAACCCUAGCAACCUUCUAGGGUUUAAGACGCAAAAGCUUUGUCCCAAACAAAACCCUGAUUAUUCUCGCCCCCCAAUUUCCCUCCUACAAAUACGCAUAUAUAAACCCUUCUGCUCCAUUCAACGCCACUAGCUAUGAUCACCUCUAGCUGCAAAACCCUAACUUCAUCUCUCAAAAAUGGUGGGUUUCUUGCGGGACCCCACCGUCGAUAAGGAGCACAAUCAACAACCCUCUGAGCUGAAAAAAUCCGACGACCCACUUCCAGUUGACCUCUCUGUUUGCGAGCUUGACGAAUUCUCUCUGUCCUUUGCCGACUCGUUGCUCGAUUUCGACUGUUUAGGCGAUUGGAUUGAAGAAAUCCCUGUUAUGGAUAUGGCUGGUUCUAAUCCAGAGCCAGAAAAGGUUGGUUCAGUGAAGGUGAUGGAAGUUGAAGCUGGUGAGGGGUGUUUGGGAGUGAAAAAAGAUGAGUCUUGUAUAGAAACCGGUUUGGGAGGUGGGUUUCAGGAGUUGGGUGAUUUGAAUGCUUCGAUUGACGGGAAACCCUUUUUUGAAAUGGUUGGUUUAGACCCAGGUUUAGAAAAGGUUGAUUCAGUUAAGAUGGAAGUUAAGGAUGUUGAGGGGUGUGUGGGAAUGGAAAAAGAUGGGUCUUUUAGAGAAACCGGUUUGGCAGAUGGGUUUCGGAAAGUGGGGGAUUUGAGUUCUUCUAUUGAAGAAGGGAUAGGGAACUUCAGUUUGGACAGAGGGUCGGAAGAAAAUGGCAGGAAGGGUCUGGGAAUAUCGGUGGCUAACAGUUUGAAGAGCGUUGAAGCAGUGAGUGUCAUUGAGAAUGGUGUUGGUCCAAAGUUGAUUGUUGAUGAUGAUGGAGAAUGUAAGAGAGGUGAAACAGUGGGUAUCAAUGAGGGUGGUGGGAAUAGUGGUGAAAUGGUCACCGGCAAUGGAGAUGGCGCGAAGAGCGAUGAAAUCAAGAGUGACGGGGAGGAGAGUGAUAGUACUUCAGUUAGUUCAUCUGCAUCUUCAUCGUCCUCUUCUUCGGGUAGUGAAGAGGAGGAGGAAAAGGAUGAGGAUGAUGAAGAAGAAGAAGAAGAAGGUAAAGAAAAGGAGGAGUUGGAGGGAGAAAUCGAUAUGGAAGAAGGGGAGAUAAGAGAUCCAGAGUUGGAACAGAUGGUGGGGCUGAGUGAUGAUGAGGAUGACACUGUUACAAAAGGUCCCAUAAGAUCCAAGAACGAGCUUCAGGUUCUCCCUCCAGUUCCUCCUGUAAAUGUGACUUUGCAACCACACCAUCAGACCCAGCCUCUAGGAGUUAUUUUAUCGAUUAUUGGUACCCAAGUCAUUGUGGAAGGCAUAGAGAAGCACAACCCUCUUAGUGACGGUUCAAUCCUUUGGAUAACUGAAAGCCGAUCCCCAUUAGGGAUGGUAGAUGAAAUUUUUGGUCCUGUCAAGAACCCUUACUACAUGAUAAGAUACAAUUCUGAAAGCGAUAUUCCUUCUGGUAUCCAACAAGGCACUCCAAUCUCAUUUGUUCCAGAAUUUGCAAAUCAUGUCCUCAAUGACUGCAAUAUCUACAAGAAAGGGUAUGAUGCGUCAGGUGAAAAUGACGAAGAAGUGACGGAUGAAGCUGAGUUUUCAGAUGAUGAAAAGGAGGCUGAAUACAAGAGAAUGCUAAAAAUGUCAAAGAGAGGCACAAACGGCCCUAACCUUGGGAAUAAGAAAAAGGAGAGGAAGAAGUUUAACAAUCAUGGGGGGACACGGCAGCAGAACAGCCAACCUUCAACCCCCCAAAGCGUAGAGGGGUCUCAGCAACCACCAAUCAACCAAAAUCAGCAGUUGAUGUUCAACAAUCAAAUUCAACAGUUUACCCAUGAUCAUGGUAAUAGUUCUCGCUCAUUCGGCACAAGCCAAGGUUUUGCUGGUAACCCAGGGUUGGUUCCACCGUUUCAGGCCCCUGGUUUCAUUCCACCUUCCAGUAGGGUUUGGACAAACGGAAUGCCAUUUGAGCAGCAAAGCAUGGGUUUUCCUUUUGGAGUUCCAACAAAUGGUAUGCCAUGGCUGCAACAAAAUCAACAGCAGCAGCAGUCUUAUCAAAUGGCUUUCCCUAACGGAAUGCCAUUUCAGCAGCAAUUCAAUCCUGGUCAGAUGUUACCUCCUAAUGUUGGCGCACAAUCAAAUUUCGGUCCAGGCCCCGGAUUCGCACCAUGGCCUGGCUGUGUGGGUCAAAGUGGGUUGAACCAGGCUUUGGGUAUGGGCUGGCAAGCCCAACAAUCUCCCAUGUCCAUGAAUGUGGGAGAACAACCGCGGCCCCAUAUCCCAAUGAACACUGAAGUUCCUCGAGAUUUUAAUCAGGGAGUGAAUCGUGGUCGUGGUAGGAAACCGUUUCAGAGGGCCGGUGGUCGUUUUGGAGGAGGGAGAGGCCAGAGGCAAUCGAAGUGACGAUCGCUUCCAACUUUUUUUCGUUGCUUGCUUUCAUUCUGUAAUUUACUUUUUUGUUUAUUUUAAGUUUAAUAUGGUUUGUACUUGUGAUGAGAAGUUGUAGAUAGUUUUACAAUAGUCUUCGACUCUUUUUGGAUGGAUAUGUAAGAAUUCUGGAAACUUGCUUUACUUGCAACUAAUGUCAAAGGCUCAUGCUACG